CGCGUUUCUUUUGAUUUUUGUUUUGUUGAGUGUAUCAUGACAGUUGAAAUUACGCCCUAUGAACAAGAACGCUUGAGAAAUAUUAAACUAAAUAAAGAGCUAUUAGCCUCUCUGGAGAUAGGGAAUGCAAAUCAGUCGCUUAUUGUUCAAAACUCAAGAGAACACCCUAAUGUAAAAAGACAAAAAAAAAGUUAUUCAACGCCAAAAAGAGAGCCAUUGCCCAUCAGGAAAUCAUCAAGAAUCCGAGGAGAAAAAGCACUUGAAAUUGAGGUUGACAAGGAAAACAAGAUAGAAGUGCUUGAUGAAAGUGUGAAGGAUGAUGCUCGCUACCAAGACAUAAUGGAUGAAAGAAAGUUACUGACAGCUGAAGAAUACUUUUCGGAGGAGAUUAAAAAGAAGGCAGUUUAUGUGGAUGGUCAUUUCAAUGGCUGGGUGAACCCUGUCAUUAUGAAAAAAUAUGGUAUUGAGUCCUCUGCUGCAGAAGCUUGGGAAAAAAAUGGAGGUGGUGUCUAUUCAUUUUCAGAUCCUACUGGCAGUGGAAAAAAGAGGAAAAAAGGAGCACCUUCUAAUGCAAAGAAUCCAAACCAGUACUUUUAUCGACAUAACGAACCCGGUGAAGAACAAUGGGUACAUGAUUGGUCAGAAGAAGAGAAAGCAUUAUUUAUGAAGGUUGCACAACAAUAUGGAUGUGGAGACAAGUGGGGAUUGUUUGCUAGCUAUAUACCUCAUCGGUUUGGAUAUCAAUGCAGCAGCUUCUAUCGCCAUGAAAUUAUUCGAAAUGGGUUUAUCUUUGACCCCAAUUUUCAAUUUAAACCCUCGGGUGAGCCAGUUUAUACAGGAAACCAUCGUUCUCGAGGCUAAAGCGCAUCCGCCAAUCACCCAGCGUUCAAGUAAAAAACCUGAUCCUGCUCAAGUCAAUGAAUAUCAGGUGUAGCCUAGUGGUGAACGAGUCUACUCAAUUGAUAUUGGUGUUCUGUGCUGAGUUCAAUUGGCUGAAAUCUGUUGUAAAAUACCGCAGUCCUAUUCUUUAUCAUUUCACAUAGUACAAACGCACAAUUUUGUUAUAAAUACUCCCUUAUUUUU